GGUGGGCCCGUCGGCGGGGCGGGGGCGGCGGCGGGGCGGCCCGGGCCGCGCUGCCCCCCACGGAGCCGGGCCGGGAGCGCCUCCGGCGGCCGCGCCGGGGUAGUCCAGGCCCCUCCGUCAGGCUUGCGGUUUGGGAAGAAAAGGCGAAGCCUCCGCCAAGAAAGCAGCGAGCGCGGCCCCCUCCCCCGCGGCCGGCCGGGCGGCGGCGGCACAUCUAACGCGCGGGCACCCGGCGGCCGCGGCCCCCGCAAACUACGCCCAGGCUCGGCCCCCGCCGCUCAUUGGCGCGGGCCGGAGCCGGCGCACCCAGAGCCGCCGCCCGCGGCCGCGCCGAGCCCGCCGCCCAGGCCGACGGCGCCGCUGCGCCUCGACGCCCCCCGCCGCUCCGCCGCGCUCCGCAGGUGGCCCCGCGCGGGCGCGACCGGCCAUGGGCCCGGGGGUGCGCCUGCUGCUGCUGCUGGGCCUGCUGCACGGGGCCGGGGGCGGCCAGGCCAGGAAGGGCUGGCGCCGCCGGGGCCCCCCGCCGCCCCCGCCGCCCGCGCCGCGGCCCGAGCCGGCGCCGGCGCCCGAGCCGCCCGUGGAGAGCUUCCCGCUGGACUUCACGGCCGUGGAGGGCAACAUGGACAGCUUCAUGGCGCAGGUCAAGAGCCUGGCGCAGUCGCUGUACCCCUGCUCGGCGCAGCAGCUGCACGAGGACCUGCGUCUGCACCUCCUGCUCAACACGUCGGUGACCUGCAACGACGGCAGCCCCGCCGGCUACUACCUGAAGGAGUCCAAGGGCAGCCGGCGGUGGCUGGUGUUUCUGGAAGGAGGCUGGUACUGCUUCAACCGCGAGAACUGCGCCUCCCGCUACGACACGUUGCGGCGUCUCAUGAGCUCCAAGGACUGGCCGCGCACCCGCACGGGUACCGGCAUCCUGUCCUCACAGCCCGAGGAGAACCCCCACUGGUGGAACGCCAACAUGGUCUUCAUCCCCUACUGUUCCAGUGACGUUUGGAGCGGCGCCUCCUCCAAAUCCGAAAAGAGUGAGUUCGCCUUCAUGGGCGCCCUCAUCAUCCAGGAGGUGGUCCGAGAGCUCCUGGACCAGGGGCUGAGUGGGGCCAAGGUGCUGCUGCUGGCGGGGAGCAGCGCCGGGGGCACGGGGGUGCUCCUGAACGUGGAUCGGGUGGCCGAGCAGCUGGAGCAGCUGGGCUACCCUGGCAUCCAGGUGCGGGGCCUGGCCGAUUCGGGCUGGUUCCUGGACAACCAGCAGUACCGUCACACGGACUGCGUGGACACCAUCACCUGUGCGCCCACGGAGGCCAUCCGCCGGGGCAUCAGGUACUGGAACGGGUUGGUUCCCGAGCGCUGCAGGCGGCAAUUCAAGGAGGGCGAGGAGUGGAACUGCUUCUUCGGCUACAAAAUAUACCCGACGCUGCGCUGCCCAGUAUUCGUGGUCCAGUGGCUGUUUGACGAGGCCCAGCUGACUGUGGACAAUGUGCACAUCCCGGGCCAGCCACUGCAGGAGGACCAGUGGCUAUACAUCCAGAACGUGGGCCGUGAGCUCAGACACACGCUCAAGGACGUGGCGGCCAGCUUUGCACCUGCCUGCCUUUCACAUGAGAUCAUCAUCCGAAGCCACUGGACGGAGGUGCAGGUGAAGGGGACGUCCCUGCCGCGGGCACUGCACUGCUGGGACAGGAGCCUUCAAGAAGCCCACAGGGGCAACAAGACCCCCCUGAAGGGCUGUCCCAUGCACCUUGUGGACAGCUGCCCCUGGCCCCACUGCAACCCGUCCUGCCCCACCAUCCGCGACCAGUUCACGGGCCAGGAGAUGAACGUGGCGCAGUUCCUCAUGCACCUGGGCUUCGACGUGCAGUCCGUGGCUGAGCAGCAGGGGCUGGAGCCCAGCAAGCUGCUGGGAAUGCUGAGCGGCGGCCGCUAGGGGGCGCCCGGGACCGCGGUCCGGGCCCUUGGCGAGCUGGGGGCGCCCGGAGAGCGGGAUCCCCUUGGCGAGCUGGGGGCGCCCGGGACCAAGGUCCGGGCCCUGGGCUAGCUGGAGGCGCCAGGGACGCGGGUCCAGGUCCUUGGCGAGCUGGGGGCGUUCGGGGCGCUGGAUUUCCUUUGGCAAGCUGGGGGCGCCCGAGGCGCGGGUCUGGGCCCCUUGGCGAGCUGGGGGCUCACGGGGCGUGGGAUCCCCUUGCCGAGCUGAGGGCUCUCGGGACGCGCGACCGGACCCCUCGGGGAGUUGGGGG